ACCAUGGAGGAAGGCUACCGAGACCGGACGGCGUUCAUCCGUGGGGCCAAGGACAUCGCCAAAGAGGUGAAGAAGCACGCCAGCAAGAAGGUGGGCCGGGGCGUGGACCGCGUGCAGGACGAGUACACGCGGCGCUCCUACACCCGCUUCGAGGAGGAGGACGACGAUGAAGACUACCCGCCCCAGGACGGCUACUACCGUGGCGAGUCGGCUCCAGAUGAGGACGGCGCCUCCAGCGAUGCCACCGAGGGCCACGACGAGGACGACGAGAUCUACGAGGGCGAGUACCAGGGCAUCCCGCGUCGCGACUCGCUCAAGGGCGGUGACGGCCCCAAUGCCCCCCCGCCUCCCGCCAGCACCUUCCAGGACUUCGAGGACUCGGAGGGGCAGCGGCGGAAGGACAAGGAGGAGCUGGCGCAGCAGUACGAGCUCAUCCUGCAGGAGUGCGGCCACGGGCGCUUCCAGUGGACCCUCUACUUCGUGCUGGGCCUGGCGCUCAUGGCCGACGGCGUAGAGGUCUUUGUGGUCGGCUUCGUGCUGCCCAGCGCCGAGAAGGACAUGUGCUUGUCGGACUCCAACAAGGGCAUGCUGGGACUCAUUGUGUACCUGGGCAUGAUGGUGGGUGCCUUCCUGUGGGGCGGCCUGGCCGACCGCCUGGGGCGCCGCCAAUGCCUGCUCAUGGCCCUGUCUGUCAACAGCGUCUUCGCCUUCUUCUCCUCCUUCGUGCAGGGCUACGGCACCUUCCUCUUCUGCCGCCUGCUCUCGGGUGUGGGCAUCGGCGGCUCCAUCCCCAUCGUCUUCUCCUUCUUCUCGGAGUUCCUGGCGCAGGAGAAGCGCGGCGAGCACCUCAGCUGGCUCUGCAUGUUCUGGAUGAUCGGGGGCAUCUACGCCUCGGCCAUGGCCUGGGCCAUCAUCCCGCACUACGGCUGGAGCUUCCAGAUGGGCUCGGCAUAUCAGUUCCACAGCUGGCGUGUCUUCGUACUGGUCUGCGCCUUUCCCUCCGUCUUCGCCAUCGGGGCGCUCACCACCAUGCCUGAGAGCCCCCGCUUCUUCCUGGAGAACGGGAAGCACGACGAAGCCUGGAUGGUGCUGAAGCAGGUGCACGACACCAACAUGAGAGCCAAGGGCCACCCCGAGCGGGUCUUCUCGGUGACCCACAUCAAGACCAUCAAGCAGGAGGAUGAGCUCAUCGAGAUCCAGUCGGACACGGGCACCUGGUACCGGCGCUGGCUUGUGCGGGUCCUCAACCUCUCCCAGCAGGUCUGGAGCAACUUCCUGGCGUGCUUUGCGCCCGAGUACCGGCGCGUCACCCUCAUGAUGAUGGCCGUGUGGUUCACCAUGUCCUUCAGCUACUACGGCUUAACCGUGUGGUUUCCGGACAUGAUCAAGCACCUGCAGAGCAUCGACUACGCCUCGCGCACCAAGGUCUUUGUGGACGAGAGGGUGGCGCAUGUCACCUUCAACUUCACUUUAGAGAACCAGAUCCACCGGAAUGGCAAAUACUUCAAUGACAAGUUCAUCGGCCUCAAGAUGAAGUCGGUGAUCUUUGAGGACACUCUCUUUGAGGAGUGCUACUUUGAGGACGUCACCUUCAGCAACACCUUCUUCAAGAACUGCACCAUCAUCUCCACCAUCUUCUACAACACAGACCUGUUCAAGUACAAGCUCAUCAACAGCAGGCUGCCGAACAGCACCUUCCUGCACAACAAGGAGGGCUGCCAGCUGGACUUCAGCGACGACAACAGCGCCUACAUGAUCUACUUUGUCAGCUUCCUGGGCACCCUGGCCGUGCUGCCCGGCAACAUCGUUUCUGCCCUGCUCAUGGACAAGAUCGGGCGCCUCCGCAUGCUGGCCGGCUCCAGCGUGAUGUCUUGCGUGAGCUGCUUCUUCCUGUCCUUCGGGAACAGCGAGUCGGCAAUGAUCGCCUUGCUCUGCCUCUUCGGCGGGGUCAGCAUCGCCUCCUGGAACGCCUUGGACGUGCUCACCGUGGAGCUCUACCCCUCUGAUAAAAGGACGACGGCCUUUGGCUUCCUCAAUGCCCUCUGCAAGCUGGCGGCCGUGCUGGGCAUCAGCAUCUUCACCUCCUUUGUGGGCAUCACCAAAGCCGUGCCCAUCCUGCUGGCCUCAACCGCCCUGGCGCUGGGCAGCUCCCUUGCCCUGAAGCUGCCCGAGACCCGGGGGCAAGUGUUGCAGUGAGAGGGGUGGGGUGGGUGGUGGGGAA